AUGGAUGAGCGUAAGAGAUCCAUCCAGCCCGACUCGGACGACAUCUAUCCUAGCAAGCGCCACCAGCCCAGUCAGAAUGCCCCUCAGAUGAGGAUGGACUCGGAGAAGGAAAAAGAUGUCGAGUCCUUCCAGAAAGAUGCCAUUCUCCGUCAAAUGAAAGAGUACAAGCGCGAGAAAGCCCUCUACGAGUCUCAAGUCCAAGACCUCUCCAAGCGCUCCCAGCACCAUGACGAUCAUCUGCGCAUCGUCGAUGCAUGGUUCACACAGUUACUCGACGAGAUCAGAAUCCUAGUUGGCGACCUCGUCUCGGACCAGGAACCUGAAGCGGGUGAACUUUUCCGCUCAUCUUUGCUGUUUGACGACAACACUCAAUUCGAUUCUCAUCUCAAGAACCGCUCCUCCAAAAUAAAGGCCGCUAUCAAGGAUGUCUUCGGCAGGUUGCCUGCCGCCGAACCGGAAGUCAGGAGUUUGCAGGAGAGACUGGCCGCUCUUCUGGCCAACGAAAAGGCUCAUCUGAUUGAAAGUCAAAGAAUCAUUGGUGAACGCGACCAGUUGUCAGAACGUCUGGAACAGGCCUCAUACCGCUACCUUCUCGCCGAAAAGAAACUUGACCGCGCAAAAAGCGCUCAGGUACAGAAACUCGAGCGUCAAGCCACCAUGGGCGGAAAUCUGGAAUCCAGCUCAUCAUCGGAAAAGAAGUCCGUGAAGAACGAAGCCGCAGAGACAAACGGCGAAGUCGACAGUGUCGUUCACGCUGCUGCGGAGACGGCUCGCAAAGAGGCUAUCGCUGCUUCCGAAAAGCGCAAACUCCAAACUGAGCAACUCGAGGCAGAGAAUAAGCAAUUGACCGAGGAAUUGACAUCCGCCAAAAUCCGACUUACCUCACUAUCUGAUGAGGACUACGCCAAAUCCGACCUCUACAAACUCUUGAAGUCCCAACAUGAAGAUGUGAUCAAGCGUGUGAAUGAUCUCGAAGCCACAAAUCUACAACUGCGUGAGGAAGCUCAGAAGUUGCAGGCUGAAAGGACAUCAUACCGAAACAACAUGGAAGAAGAAUCACAGACGAAUACAACUGACCUCGAAAGUCAGCUAGCACGCGCCGAAUCCGACCUUGCUCGUAUCCGCAAUGCAAGAGAUGAGUUGUCAGCUGAACUUUCCGUCCGAAAAGGCUCCCAGGAUCAGACUCAGCUUGCUUCCGACUCGAUCAAGGAACUGGCAGCGGCUCGCGAAACUCGUAUCACCGCUCUGGAAUCCGAAGUCGAGCGUCUCAAGCUGCAGAUUGGAGAAAGCACCGCAACAUCUACCAACGAGGCCGUCGACACAAUGCCAAUUGACGAGCUUAGGUCGCAGCUCAAGACGCUCGAGAACAGACAUCUGCUGCUUAACAAUGAGUUGCCCUCUAUGGAAGCGGCAUGGAAAAAGGCCAAGGGCCUGGCAGAGAGAAAGGUGUCCGAGAUCACCGAAUGGGAAGAACAGCGCACACGCAUCCACGCCGAGAAAGCCAAGGCCGAUCAGAAGUACUUCGCAGCAAUGAAGGCAAAGGACGCACGCGAAAACGAGCUCCGAACUCUGAAAGCGCAGAAUGCAAAGAGCUCCGAAAUCGUGACGCAACUGAAGGACGCAGAGAACAACAGCAGAUCACUGAUUAUCAAUCUGGAGAAGCAGAUUUCCGAGUCCAAGGAGUCAUUAACAUCCAUAUCCCAACAGAACAGAACAAUGCAACAGAAGCUCAGCGAGGGAAACUUGACUCUCGAGAAGCUUCGCACACAAAUCACCGACAUGAAGAAGUUGGUCGUCUCAAAGGAAGCUGCAUCUUCAGCAGCUGCAUCAGCAAAGAGACAAGCCGAGGUUGAGUUGGAAGAGGUCAAGGUCCGCUUGGAAGACACCAAGAAGUCUCUCGAUGCCAUGAAGAGAAAGGGGCCUGGACGGGAGUCUGAAUCAGACGAUUGGCGUAAAAUCGCCAUCUGUCCUGUUUGCAACUCGAAUCUGCGCAACACUGUUCUCAAACUAUGCAGCCACACUUUCUGUCAAGGUUGUGUACAGAAUCUCAUCGCCAACCGAUCCAGAAAGUGCCCAUCAUGUGGCAAAGCAUUCGGACAUGCGGACCACAUGCCUAUCGUACUGGCAUGA